AUGUCAAUGGCGCGGUUAGGAGAUAACCGUAAAAGGGGAUCCUGUUGCAUGCUUCCCGCCGGCAGCUGCAAGCGGCGGGCGACCUCCAUCCCGACAAGCGGCUGGGCGUCCCUGCCCUGGGACAUCGCCGACCUCAUCUCCCUGCGGCUGCUCGCAGAGGACGUGACAGAAUACAUCAGGUUCCGCGCCGUGUGCUCGCCGUGGCGAUCCUCAACGGCCAGCCCACGAGACGCGACCCUGCUGGACAAGCGCUUCAGCCCGCGCGGAUGGGUCGCGCUCUGUGACGGCGACGGGGUGCCGGUGACAGCCGCGUGCAAGAUCACCUUCUUCCACACAUCCACCGGCCAGCGCCUCGCCGUCCGCCUGCCGGAGCUCCACCGCCAAAAGAUUGUCGGCAUCACCGACGGCCUCAUCAUCACGCUGGACAAGGACAGCUCCGUGGUGCGCGUGCUCCACCCCUUCACGCGUGUCAUCGUCGAGCUCCCUCCCCUCGCCACCAUAUUCCACACCGAGAUCAACAAUUUCACAUCACUGCUGAGCGCCGCUGUCUGCCGCGCCGACACAUCCAUCGCCGUUGUGGCAUGGUUAACCAGCGCAGAGAUGGUUAUCUGUGCGCGCCAAGGCCACCCUAGCUGGGUGGUGAUCCAUCGAGACAUCAUGCUCCACAACACCCUGCCCUUCCAAGGCCGGCUGUACGGCACCAUACCGGCAUCAGGGCAGCUCGUUCAGCUCUACCCUCCAAAUCCACGUGGGGCAGUUGUCGCUCAUGUCCCGCGUGAGUUGGUUGACAUAUUCAGAUCCUCCUACUUCCUCGUGGAGUCCGGGGGACGCAUGCUUCUAGCCGUGCAACAUCAUCGAAUGGGUUAUGACAUUUGCGCUGAGAUGGAGUGGUGGCGAUACUUCACCGUCACGCUAUUUCAGGUGAACGUGCAUGGUGGGGAUCUCAUUCCGGUGAACAGCCUUGGUGAUGAGGCCUUGUUCCUAGGGAAAGACCGCUGCCUGUCGAUCUCCACCAUGAACCUCCCUUGCAUCAGCGGCAACUCUGUUUACUCAUAUGUAUCAAACAAGGAUCCCGUUGUGUUGCAUUCUCUAGGCAGUGGUUCUUCUGAGCACACAACAAUGUACACAAAGGUGCAUUAUUCGAAUAAGAUGGUUCGUCCAUCCGUGCGGCCUUUCACGCUUCCAGAUCAUCUUAUGACAUAUUGUCAUAAUCUUCAAUGGACAAGGGGACUGAUGCUUCAUGAAUAUGCUGCCGUUCCUUCAUAUCUGAGUGAUCUGCGAGAGAAAAUACACGCACACGAAUCUGAUAUCAGGUUCCCGUAUAUAGGGGACGUUGGCAAAAAGGCUAAGACCAAGCGUGUGCGUGCUGUUGUGAAGAAGAACCAGCCCCUCUGUGCUUAG